AUGUUUGCCCCAAAGCCUGGCGAGAAUUCGGAUAACGUUGCAAAGAUGGUUUCAUCAUUUGAUGAAGCAGUUAACAAAAUUUUACCUCGUGUGGCUGAAGAGCAUGGCCACAAUCCAGAAGACUUCAGAGGGCGUGGCUUGGAUGCCCAUGCGUAUGUUGGGGAUGAGGGUGGUGCCCUCUGGAGUGGCCUUUGCAAGGCCAAAGGCAACGAUGUCAAAGACAGAACAGUAUCAGACACUUAUCAUGUUAAACAGGACAUACAUCGCCACCAAAAGUACUUCAGGGAUGCAUCUGAUAAGACAUCGUUUUCAAAGAUUAUGUCUGAUGCAAUGAAUGCCCCAACCUCUAUACAGGCAGACGUAGCUGAGAAAGCCCUAGAUAAACUUAUUGCAACAAAGGCAACCGAUAAAAAAGAAGAUGACAAAUUUCAAGAAUUGGUGGUGGAGGAGAAGACUAAGGUGGCAGCGCUGGUGCAAAACAGAUGCAUCAAGUUCUGCGUCAUCUGCAGAAGUCGCAAACUCAAAAUCUAUCAGCGCUUCUGGUUAUCGCAAAAGACUCCUUGAUGUUGUCACGACAGAAUGUUCAUCAGCAAUUUUAGAAGCUGCGGAAAUUAAGCGCCAACAAAUUGGCCUUAAAACGGUGGGACGUGGGCCCUCAAUAGCAGAUCGUGAGGAACAGCAGGAACAAAACUUGUUUCAAGAUCAGCAAGCAUCUGCUGAUGCAGUUCAAUUUGUAGCAGCUAAUGCAGAAUCAUUAUUAGCACAGUCUAAUCCAAUGCAGAGUUUUGGAACGGCAAAAGGCGAUUUUAGAGUCAACACAAGGGACAGCCACAGGUCUGACAAAAGAAAGAAAAAUAGCAAUACUCAAAAACCACCAACCCAAGGAAACAAUUUGGCCACUAAGAAGCAGUUGAAAUACUUCGAAAAGUCAGUUGAAGGAGUAUCUAUGGAUAUUCUUGAAUAUAAAAGUGACAUGACUUCUUUUGAAUUCUGUAUGUUAGAUACUAUGGGAUACUUACAAAAUGUUACUAUCUCCAAGGAGAACACUACUUGCUCGAGCCCUGCAGGAUGCAAAAAAAAU